AUGGGCAAGAAAGACAACAAAACAACGGAGCUAAAAGUGGUUUCGUGUUCGAAAGAGCCCGAGUUUGUGGUCGGCUCCUUUUUCAACGGUUUGCAAAUCCCAGAGUCCACCGAGUUUGAUCUCUACAAGCACAAACACCACAAGGGCACAUAUGCCUUGCAUGGCGAAAAUUCGACGCUAGAAUAUAACGGAGAGACACAAGCCGAUCUGCAAAAUGACUACUUGGUCGCUUUCUACGACAAGAAAAGUCGUUCUGUACAGCUUUUCCGUGCCCCAGUCGUUCCGGCAGUAGUGACGUCGAAGGAGAACAGAGUGCAUAAGGGUCCUAAGGUUAGAUCGAAGGGCAUGCGUUCUGUUGAACAAAGAAAUGCUUUGGGUAGAGAGUUCGGUACCAAGAAGGUCAAGGCCAAGAUCACCAGUUAUGACAAGAACAGAAUCGACUCCAACAGAUUGGAGGAAAUGGAGGUGGACAUUGUAGACACCGUCCAGAGCUCUACUAGUGUCUUGCCAAGCAGACAAGAGUUGGAGAGUGCUUCUGCAGUCAGCGCGGUCACACCUGCUGUCAAUGCCCUGGCUACAAAUGUGGAGGAUGUCUACUCCCUCGAGAGCAUAAUACCAUCGGAAGAAUGGGAGUCAAUCCGUGUCCACGCUAUCAUGGAGGAGUCCGACAAAGAGCAACGGUUGGAGAUGUUGCCUUACAGCAAGUCCGCCUUUGUGUCCAAGAAGUUGUCUCUGUUCAUCUCCGCGGGCAAGACCACAAAGGUUCAAAUGUUGUUCUACGCCGCAUUGUUGUUCGGAGUUUACGCUAACCGUAGAUGCAACAAUAAGAACAAACUCAUGGAGCAAUUAGACAACAAGCCAUCUGAAAUCUUGGUGGACGGCGUCUUGGACAGAUUCACCGCCGCCAAAACUUCUGGAUUCGGUAAAGCAAAGGACAGGUCUUUUGUCAUUGAUCCUUUCCAUGAGGACAAAUUGCUCUGUUUCUUGUUAGCAUUGACGCUUCACAUCGAGGACUUCCAGGUCCAGAUCAACCCCUUGGCCAACGAGCUCAAUAUGAAGCCUACCAGACUCAUUGGUCUUUUCCGUGCUUUGGGCGCUACCAUCAAGCCUGCUAAUGCCGGCAUGGCAGAGGCUCUUGGUCUUUCCAAGAGAGACGCUGCUACCUACAAGGUCGCUGUGUUGAAGGUUCCAUUCAAGCAGCCAGAAAUGGUUAGAAGACGUGUCAGAUAA